CCGCCAAUCAUAUCUCACAGCUGGCUGCCACUUCGGCUGGUCUAUAAAAACAGUCAUACUAUCAUAUUCGCGAUUGAAGCAACAAAGUCAAAUAAGGCAGCUAAAAUAUUACUCGUGUGAAUCAUGUCAGCAUUAACCGAAGACCAACCCACAUUGUCAGAAACAGCAACUGUGUUGAACAGUACAAGUUUGAGACUUGAUUUAGACAAACCAAGAUGGGAUCAGUCUACAUUCAUGGGAAGAUUGAAGCAUUUCUUCAAUAUAACUGAUUCAAGGAACAGUCUCUACUCAGAAAAAGAAUUAGACGAUGCCAAAGAAUUAAUAAUGAGAUAUAAGUCUUGUACUGAGCCUCCUGGUACGACAGAAGAACAGUUAUAUCAUGCACAGAAGCUGUACAUGUCAGCAUUUCACCCGGACACUGGUGAUAAAAUGAAUGUGAUUGGUCGAAUGUCUUUUCAAGUACCAGGUGGUAUGCUAAUUACAGGUGGGAUGCUGCAAUUCUAUAAAACUUGGCCUUCUGUUGUUCUAUGGCAGUGGAUCAACCAGUCUUUCAACGCUCUAGUUAACUAUACAAAUAGGAAUGCUGCUUCACCAAUAUCUAAUAAACAAAUUGGUUUAUCAUAUGUCUGUGCCACAGGAAGUGCUUUAGUUGCAUCCGUAGGACUCAAUUCUCUCACAAAAACAGCCCCGCCAUUGCUGGCUAGAUGGGUGCCAUUUGGUGCUGUGGCUGCAGCUAAUAUUGUCAAUAUUCCAUUGAUGCGACAACAAGAAUUAUUGUAUGGUAUUAAUUUGUUUGACGAAAAUGGUAAUGAAGUUGGGAAAUCAAAAAGAGCUGCUGUUAAAGCCGUAACGCAAGUAGCAAUAUCAAGAAUAACAAUGUGUGCUCCAGGAAUGAUUAUUUUACCAAUAAUUAUGGAAUAUCUUGAGAAAUAUCCAUCUUUCAGAAGAAUAAAGAUCCUCCAUGCUCCAAUACAAAUACUUUUGGUUGGUUGUUUUCUGUGUUUUAUGACACCAGCGGCUUGCUCCCUGUUCCCACAAAAAUGUUCCAUGAAAGUCAGUAAUUUGGAGCCGGAAGUCAGAAAAGAACUGCAAUUAAAAUAUGGUGACCUUAUCAACAAAGUGUAUUUUAACAAAGGAUUAUAAUGCCUGCUGCUAUCUACCUCAGUUGACCUGAUCCAUGGCAGAAUUUACUAGAAGUCCAAUAUAUGACACACAGGAGUGGGUAAAAAAAAAGUUGUUUAUUUUAUGCAAAUUUUCUCCAUGUAAAGGUCACAAGGUCACCACUAGAGGGUGCAGUUUUGAGGGUUUAAUAUUGGUCAGUGCAAUUAAAAUGCUACUUUUUUAAACAAACCAUAAAAUAUAUUUAUGAUCAGCAAAAGUGAAAGAACAUUUUCUUUUAUUUUUAACUAUAAAUAAUUAU